CCCUCCCCAGACUCCCUCCAUCCCUCUCUCUUCUCAUCAAGCAACCAAUCAAUCAAUCGUUCGUCCCGUCUUCCCUUCUCUCCUUAGAUGCAUCCUGCCGACCGCCUCUUUUGAUCCGGUAUUUCUGUGGAGUUGAAUCCUACAGUUGGGUAAGGCUGAAGGAUCUCUGGAUUUGGCGUUUUGGCGCGUUGGCGUGUUGGUUCGGAGGAGUCAGGUUGUGAUUUGAUCAUCGGUACGAGAUUUAGAUGAAUUGAUUGUCGGUCGUUUAGAGGAGUAAGUGGAGGCUCUGAAUUUCGAAAGGAGAUAAGGGUGUCUUUGUUUUGUUUAUCAGAUUAGGUUUAUAGGGGAGAGAUAGAAAAAAGGAAAAUAUGCAGCAAACGGGGAAUUAUGGUGAAGGCUACAUGCCUCCCGCUCAAACGUAUGCCUCAACCGCCCCUCCCUCGUACAAUAUGGGUGAAUUGAAUGCUUAUGGUGUUUCAUCUGGCCAUGCUGCGUAUGGUCAACCUCAAGAGACGGCGUAUAUGGCUCAAGUAGCAAAGCAUCCUGCCCAUGAGCCUUCUUAUAACCCUAAUUCUGCCUACGCUCCUUCCCAACCGUCCUAUGCACCUGCUGCACCAUCCUACGUCCCUGGGGCUCCUGCUGCUCCUGCAGCUCCUUCAUACGAUUACUACAGCAGCUCAGCUCCACCUCCUUCUACUCCCUCUGCCCAGGCUCCGUCUUACUUAACUCCUUCGUACAGUGAUGGAGGCUAUGGUGGGCUUCAGAGUUAUGGAGGAAUAGGAUCUCGGGGAUCACUCGGAAAUGAAACUGAAUCCUUGGGAUAUCAUCAGGCCGCAUAUGAUCAGAGUGGAUAUAGUAGAGUUGGAUAUGAUCAGGUUGGAUAUGGAACACAUGGCGGUGGCGUUGGUGAGCGGGAUGCAUAUGGCGCCCAGCGUGAUGGGGGAGCAGCCUUCAACAAUAAAUCAUAUGAUGAUGGUGGGUACGCUGAGGUUUAUGCCUAUGAUGGAGGCCAGGGAGGGGAGCCUUAUGGUGCUCGCGGUACAGGAAGUAGUUCGUGGAAGACUAUGGAAUCUUCAGGAAGUUUUGGAUCUUUCGGUAGCUCGGGUGGAUCUAAAGUGGCCAGAGCCGUACCUAAGGUGGAAAAUGAUAAUAUAUCAGGAGGGAUUCAAAAGUAUCGUGUGAAGUUGCUACCUGAUACAAAGGAUGUCAUCUGUCAGAUAGGUCUCGAUGGUGUCCGCAUGCUGGACCCAAGUACAAACAGAACCUUGCGCAUAUACCCACUGGAGACGAUCACUCGUUGGGAGGUGAAAGAUCCUGCCAUCUUUACUUUUUGGGCCAAGAGUGCCGUGGAUAUUGAGCAGCGCUGUAUACGGCUGCAAUCCAGCUCGUACACGACCAGCGCCAUUCUUGAUACGAUUACCGCCGCGUGUGUCCAGCUAUGUGAGAUGGUGGACAAAGAUGAGUCGAGCAAGCCAUCUGCUGGAAGCACUGCACCCUCAGAUACUACUCUCGGACGAAAAAGUUUUAUUGGCGACUGGGUUCCGUUUCGACCUCGAACUGCCAGUGAGGAGGAGAAACAACAUUGGGUGCCAGAUGAGGCAGCUACGAAAUGCAGCAAUUGUGAUGCUGAUUUCUCUGCAUUUGUUCGACGGCAUCAUUGUAGAAAUUGUGGAGAUGUAUUCUGCGAUAGGUGCACAAGAGGAAGGACUCCACUGACAUCAGAGGAAGGUGCUCAGCCUGUACGAGUGUGCGACCGCUGCUUGGCUGAAGUUUCACAGAGACUGUCUAAUGCCAAGGAAGCAAGCAAAGUACCCGUCCAGCGUACGCAUGAAGAUUUGGCCAAGAAGUUGCAGGAAGAACUUGAACGGAACGCAGGAAGGAGAGAGGCUUCGAACAGCAAAGGAACCACUGGAGGCAGUAGUAACAAAGAAUCUGGUACAUCUGUUCUCAACUGUAGCAGAUGUGGAGCCAUCUCGUUGGUAACAGGUGGAAACUCUCGCUGUCCAUCUUGUGGCUCUGAAUCCUCAAACAAUGUUCAAGGUAGCAGUUACAAUUCAUCUGGUGCAAAAGGCUCUGGGCCAAGAAUGAGGGAGGUGGCCUGUCCUACUUGCACUGUUCAUCUGCAGGUUCAAGUUCCAAGCUUUGGGACAGAAACAGUUGAAUGUGGAGUUUGUCAGCAUCCAUUUCUUGUCGGCGCUUAAUCUUAAAAGACAAGCCGCAGAUGCAGUAUUCUUAUACGAUUUGCAUUAUUGAAUCGUCUCUUCACUUCACAUCUGAUCAACUUGACACCUGCUUUUGGAGAUUGUCAAGCUCUUUGAGGGCUCCUGGAGGGAUCCUUGCAGUUUAGAGUACUGUUUUGUACAGAUUUUAAGACUCCCAAAAACUUGUUGACUAUCGAUUUCAGCAUUCCAUUGCUGGCAAUACAUCCAUGACAAGCGAAUCUCGGAAUUAGUGAUGCACCGUCUUUGUAAGCUUCCAAUGGAUGCUUCAGGUGGACAACUCUCUUGCAAUGAGUGUUUGCUCGAAGGACCUAUCCUAUCUACGCUUAGUUUCUGUAGCGGAGUAUUGUAUGUAGUGUUACUGCUGGUUUAGGAACUUCACCUGUAGAAUUCAGUCAUUCGGUUAAAUAAUUUUGCAGGCAGACCGUUGAUCAUGAAUUGCUCGUCACAUUAUCUGAAAUGUGUCCCGCAGAGCAGGUUCAGAAAAGUGUAAUAGUGAAAGUUCUGUAAACAUUGUCUUUCAAUAUAGAGAAAGUUCAGUUUUUAUGCUCUUCA